GGCGUGAGAAACCCUCGCAGUGCCAUAUUCACGUCAUUCAUAAAAACUCCGUCAUGGCAACCGACCUGGAGUUUCUCGACGCAGUGUCCGCCUUUUUGGAGACAGAGGCUCACGCAGUCGUAUCCACCCCACGCACGUCUUUCGGGGGACGAUUCCAGCAAAGUCAACGUGGUGAAACAGCACCUACUUGGGCAGUCGUCUCACCUACCGAAGUUCCUGUCGAUAAUGACAAAAACGACACCUGCGAGAUCGAGAAAUCACCGUGUAAAGCAAACAAACGUCGGAACGAAGCUCUUGAUGAAAGACGGAAGAAAUAUCGUCUGAAAUCAAAGAAUGAACGCGACGAUUUGCGCCAAAAAGCCGGCGAGUUGGCCAGAAAAAUACAAGAGAUGAUCGAUGCGCGAGAAGGGAGGAACACCACCGCACGGACCGACCUCGUGCUGUCCAAGUCGUUCUGGAAAGAUAUCGCAAUGGAGCAGAAACAGCAGCGCCUUCGGUCAGAAGCUGAACACCAGACUCUUUUAAGGAUCGUUAACGCGCAGAGUGUCUACAUCGAGAGCAUAAGAAUGGCAUCUUGUGCGCCGUCAAGGUCGCUUUCUCUCGGUGGCCAUGACGGUAUUGACGACCACAAAUGGCUUCGGUUGAAGUCGUCUGUGUCAUCGCUGUAUACGACGUAUCUGCAGGAGGUGGACGGUGGUUAUACGCGAAUCGACCAGAUCUUGCAAGACUCUGAGGUCGGAUCCUUGUCUGUAGGAAUGUUCGACUCUUCCUAUAGAUACAAACCCAGUGGAGAGCUGCAGUUCUUUCAGCAUCGGUAUAGAGUACUGCAGCCUUUUUCGCUCGAUGAAACAUGUCGAGUCAUGUGGGAUCUGGCGACCAUAACUAAUCGACAAACCGAUCGAGAAGGCUACAACGCCGUGUCCGACCCAGACAACACGGUUGCCGUCCGGUUCCGCGUACAGAAGAGACUGUCCAACGGUUCCACCGUGUCGAUCAUGAGGCACGUCGUGUCUCGACGAUUCAUUAAAAGUAACCGAGUUGCCAUCGUAUGGAAGAUUUUCUCGGAGGGUGAAGGGAUCUUCAGUGGAAUGGACAUGGACGAAACUGGAAUGAUCUCGAUCCGCCCGUUAAAUGACGGACCAAGGAGCGGGACAGUGCUGGAAUUUUGUACUCGACUGAUUCCGGUAUCCUUCCUCACGACGAAUUCAAACGACCGAGCAGUGAAGGCUUUCCAACAGAUGAUGGAGGAUUCCAUCUCAGAAGAUACGCGAGAUAUUACCGACCAACUGGGAAAGCGUCUUCAGGCGAAUUACGCCGCUACGUCUUCUAUUGAGAAGCUUACGAGCUCCUUGAACAAUAUAUAUGCCGACUAGAUUCUUCUUAAACCCAAGCUCUAUAUCUUGUAUCCGAGGUUUUGCUCUACAUCAAUUCGAUUUUCAUGAUAUCGUCAUCGGCUUCGAGUGCCGUGGCUGCUCCGAUAGCGAUAGCGGCGAUAUACUCACCAGCAAUCCAAUUUUCCAACCGUUGACACGUGUCAUCAGCUGAAUUAUCAGUUUUCCCCGGUUCUCAACUCUGUGUUGCCGCCCAGUGACGGCAAUGGACUCCAGUGCUGUGCACACUCGUCGUGGGCGUACGUGCUUGAACCUCCUGAGCUCCAGAUCAUCUUUGGGGCAGAGGCGGACACGAGCAGAAAAAAUCUGCACGAUAUCCGAUGCAAAAUUAGUAGCCUUUAUAAUCAAUAUUGCUCUGACUAAUUAGUAAUACAUACUUCUGUUAAAACAUUACAGUCAUUGCAAUUAAGCAGUGCCGACGAAAAGAACGAGAGAGAA